AGGAACGAAUGAAGGAGGGAGGGAGGAACGAAUGAAGGAAAGCAGACGGCAGGAGCACGCGGCUGUCCCGCCCCAACCCUCUCCAAGAGCCGGGUUCGAUCCCUUUAAAGGAGGGGGCGGCCGGGAGGACGCGGGCGCAGGGCGGGGGGAGGGGGGGCGGGCGUCCGGUCGGCAUGGUAACUCGUGGGUCGGGCCCCGCGCCCGCCUCUGCUCGCUCCGCCCCCCCACCGCGGGGCCCCCUCUCCGGCCGCGCUCCGGGCGGGGCCCCCGCUGCGCCCCCAGUGCUGACUCGCCCCCAGGCCGGCCUGGAGCCGCUGGCGGAGCUCGGAGCCGCGCAGCCCGCACGCCCCCCCUGCACUUGGUCCCCGCGGCGCCCCGGCCAGCGGGUCCCGGGCCGGCCAUGAACCGGAGCCCCGCGUUCGCGCCCCGGAGGGCCGGGUCUCCCCGGAGGGCGGCUGGGGUCGGUGCACGGCGCCAGGAGAGCCGGGACUACCUGCUGCUGGACGCGGGGCCGGGGGACGGCGGCGGGGCUGAGCCCCCGCGGCCGGAGCCGGGUUACCACCGCUGCGGCCAGGACACCGACAACAGACUGGCCCACCGGCGGCAGACGAUUCUCCGUGAGAAGGGGAGAAGGUUAGCCAACCGAGGGCCAGCUUACAUGUUUAACGAUCGCUCAACAAGCUUAUCUAUUGAGGAGGAACGUUUUUUAGAUGCUGCUGAAUAUGGCAACGUCCCAGUGGUGAGGAAGAUGUUAGAAGAAUGUCUGUCCCUCAAUGUUAACUGUGUGGAUUACAUGGGCCAGAACGCCCUGCAGUUGGCCGUGGCCAACGAGCAUCUGGAAAUUACAGAACUUCUUCUCAAGAAAGAAAACCUCUCUCGUGUUGGGGAUGCUUUGCUUCUAGCUAUUAGUAAAGGUUAUGUUCGGAUCGUGGAAGCUAUUCUCAGUCAUCCAGCUUUUGCUGAAGGCAAGAGGUUAGCAACCAGCCCCAGCCAGUCUGAAUUGCAGCAAGAUGAUUUUUAUGCCUAUGAUGAAGACGGAACACGGUUCUCUCAUGAUGUGACUCCGAUCAUCCUGGCCGCCCACUGCCAGGAAUAUGAAAUCGUGCAUACCCUCUUGCGGAAGGGUGCUCGGAUUGAACGGCCUCAUGACUACUUCUGCAAGUGCAGUGAGUGCAGCCAGAAACAGAAGCAUGACUCCUUUAGUCACUCCAGAUCUAGGAUUAAUGCCUACAAGGGCCUGGCAAGUCCAGCUUACCUGUCACUGUCUAGUGAAGACCCAGUCAUGACAGCUUUAGAACUCAGCAAUGAGCUGGCCGUGCUGGCCAACAUUGAGAAGGAGUUCAAGAAUGACUACAAAAAACUGUCAAUGCAGUGCAAGGAUUUUGUUGUUGGACUCCUUGAUCUGUGCAGAAAUACCGAAGAAGUGGAGGCCAUUCUGAAUGGGGACAUCGAAGUGUAUCAUGGUGGGGGAGAUCACAGCCGUCCAAAUCUCAGCCGCUUGAAACUUGCCAUUAAAUAUGAAGUAAAAAAAUUUGUAGCUCAUCCAAACUGUCAACAGCAGCUUCUGUCCAUAUGGUAUGAGAACCUCUCCGGUCUGCGGCAGCAGACCAUGGCGGUUAAGUUUCUCGUGGUCCUGGCGGUUGCUGUCGGAUUGCCCUUCCUGGCUCUCAUUUACUGGUUUGCUCCAUGCAGCAAGAUGGCGAAGAUUAUGCGCGGACCGUUCAUGAAGUUUGUGGCACACGCCGCUUCCUUCACCAUUUUUCUGGGGCUGCUGGUGAUGAAUGCUGCUGACAGAUUUGAAGGCACCAAACUCCUUCCCAACGAAACCAGCACAGAUAAUGCAAAACAGCUGUUCAGGAUGAAAACGUCCUGCUUCUCAUGGAUGGAGAUGCUCAUUAUAUCCUGGGUAAUAGGCAUGAUAUGGGCCGAAUGUAAAGAAAUUUGGACGGAAGGCCCCAAGGAAUACUUGUUUGAGUUGUGGAAUAUGCUUGAUUUUGGUAUGCUGGCGAUCUUUGCUGCAUCAUUCAUUGCGAGAUUCAUGGCAUUUUGGCAUGCUUCCAAAGCCCAACACAUCAUUGAUGCAAAUGAUACUUUGAAGGACUUGACCAAAGUCACACUGGGAGACAAUGUGAAGUAUUACAAUUUGGCCAGGAUAAAGUGGGACCCCUCUGAUCCUCAAAUUAUAUCUGAAGGUCUUUAUGCAAUUGCUGUAGUUCUAAGUUUCUCAAGAAUAGCUUAUAUUUUACCAGCCAAUGAAAGCUUUGGACCUCUGCAGAUAUCACUUGGAAGAACAGUGAAGGACAUCUUCAAGUUCAUGGUCAUAUUCAUCAUGGUGUUUGUGGCCUUUAUGAUUGGAAUGUUCAACCUCUACUCCUACUACAUUGGUGCAAAACAAAAUGAAGCUUUCACAACAGUUGAGGAGAGUUUUAAGACACUGUUCUGGGCUAUAUUUGGACUUUCUGAAGUGAAGUCGGUGGUCAUCAACUAUAAUCACAAAUUCAUUGAAAAUAUCGGUUAUGUUCUUUAUGGAGUCUAUAAUGUCACAAUGGUCAUUGUUUUGUUAAAUAUGUUAAUUGCAAUGAUCAACAGUUCAUUCCAGGAAAUUGAGGACGAUGCUGAUGUCGAGUGGAAAUUUGCAAGGGCCAAGCUUUGGUUUUCCUACUUUGAAGAGGGGAGAACAUUACCUGUUCCCUUCAACCUGGUGCCAAGUCCAAAGUCCCUGUUUUAUCUCUUACUGAGGCUUAAAAAAUGGAUUUCUGAGAUGUUCCAGACCCAUAAAAAAGGUUUCCAGGAGGAUGCAGAGAUGAACAAGAGAAAUGAAGAAAAGAAAUUUGGAAUUUGGGGAAGUCAUGAAGACCUUUCAAAAUUAUCCCUUGACAAAAAACAGAAACCCGAGGACCGUAGAGCUGAAGUAACCUGCCCAGUCUCAUUUCAAACAACAGCCAGAAUUCAAAUUCAGAUCUACUUGAUUCCAAAGCAAGCGCUUAUAAGCACUGCCCCCACGUGGUGCAUUUCAUGUCUGCAUCCCUGUGGACUGAACAUGCUUGGGCAUAGUAAACAAUCAAGUAUAAGGAGCUCACAAGAUUUCCAGUUAAAUAGUUUCAAUAAUCCUCCAGGAAAGUAUCAGAAAAUUAUGAAGAGGCUCAUUAAAAGAUACGUCUUACAAGCCCAGAUAGACCGGGAGAGUGACGACGUGAAUGAAGGGGAACUGAAGGAAAUUAAACAGGACAUCUCAAGCCUCCGCUAUGAGCUCCUUGAAGAGAAAACUCAGAAUUCAGAAGACCUCGCAGAACUUAUUAGAAAACUUGGGGAGAAAUUAUCAACGGAACCAAAGCAAGAGGAAGGCAAUAGAUAAUGCACAGAUGUCCAUUAAAAAUCCUAUUUAUUUGUCUACUUGAAGCCAUAUUAUUUUCCAGUUUAUUUUUUAAGUGCCAUUGUGACCAUCUUUUAAACAAGAAAAUGUCCAAAGAUAACUUGGGAAAUUCCAUUAUCUGAAACCCUAAUAUUUAAUAUUUUUGGUGAUUAAAUUUCAUUGUUCAGGCUAAAGUUUGUGGAUUAUGGUGAAAAUUAUGCCCAACCAUUUGAUGUUUUCUUGAGCAUAACAAUCGUGAUGCUGUGAUUGCUAUCUAGUGUCUGCCUGGGGAUUGUCUUGGCUGGUAGGAGGCUGACACAGCACACUCUCCGUGUGGUCUUUACCUUGAAGGUGAUUUCAGGUAACUGCUUGCCUGCCUUAUGGAUCCCCUGAUGGUGACUUCCAGCCCUGAAAUCUAGGGACAGAUAAUCUGUAGCUGUUUGGAAAAUGCCAUUUAAUCAUCUGCUCUAAGCCCUCACAGGAUAUGAUUGGUAAUAUCUGUGCAAAAUUGGGUUAAAUCUUUCCUAAAUUUGCCAGUUCACCUCUUUGGAAACGUUACACUUAACAGUGAAAAAGUGCUUCCUCUACUGAGCCCUGGGAACAUGGUUUAGUUUGUGUGUGUAUGUGCAUGUGCAUGUGCAUAUGCAUACACACGCGAGUGCACAUAGAAAAGUGUGUAUGAAAUGCUUGUCCUGUUUUCUUUUGUAGCCAAUAUGGACUCUCAAAACCUCUUUAUCUUUUGAUGUUUACUGUGACUGAAAAAUUAUUGUCCAAAUAAUGAAUCCUUUAUUGGAGAAGUAUCAAAGUCACAACUGAUUAUGAUUAUUUGGUCCAAUUAUAGCAUAAUGUUGUGCUCUUUUUGAGACAUUUACAGGUAAAUCCCACAUUUGGCAUUGAGUAUAGAGGAAACUGUGGAGGGAACUUGCAAAUACUUACCUUUAUUCUCAGUAUGUUCUACCCUCUCUCAAAAUAUAUGAAGCAGGGAUGUGCGUUUGUAGGCAUCCACGUAGGCUGCUCUUACGAUGUGAAGCAAUAUCUACAACGAUUAAAAGAGAGAGGUGAAGGUUCAUCUUUUCAACUACACAGACUACCAACAUUUAAAUGAUGCUGGGUAUUAACUGGAAACGUUUCUUUAAAUUCAGUAAAGAGAGGUUUCAAAUGCAAAUUUUUAACUUCAUUUUAGAGAUAAAAUAGUCACAAAAAUCUAGUUAGCCCCAACUUUGAGUUAAUUUAAGUCAAAGUAGUUUUAUGUAACCAGAUCACAAAAUGCAACUGAAAUUUGCACUCAGUGAUUUUGUAUUUGUGGGUAUCAUUUACUGAGAAGUUAUUUAGUAAUACAGAAAAGGUAGGCUUUCAAAUGUUUUGUGACAGUAUUUGAGCCAGAAGUUGUAAAAAUCAGCCUCAUAGCAAAUGCACUAUUAGCAAGUUAAAAUAACCUAACAUCCACAAAGCUUUGUGUUGUGCCAUGAAGGAGAUUGGCCUCUAUGCCAAGGGGUGCUCUGUGACAGCAAAUGGGCUUGACUCCAAAGAAUCUAGAAAAGAUACUCCCACUACUCAGUGUCUUUUAAGUCGGGUUGACCUGACAAGAUGAAAGUUUUGGGACCUGCAACAGGGAUGCCUGUGGCUUUCUCAGUCAUCAAGUGCUACCUCUGUGACUGUGCAAAACUAAUAUGUCCUGAAGUCAGUAGAUUUCCUCAGAGUACAACGAAAUUGGCACCUCUUCCAAUUUCCUUUCAAUUGGAACAUGAAAAGAAACCAACCACGUUUUAAGAAAGGUUUUCAAAAAUUCCAACAAGAGCUUAAUUAAAGGCAUAUUGUCAGAGGAUGGCCAUAAGCAUGACUAUCCUGCACAAGUGUCAAGGCCAUUGGCUUUAACUCUUGUAUUCCUGUUGUAGUCAGCCUAACAUAUAAAAAUAAAAUGAUUAAUCAGAUUAAA